GUGGCGGCGAGGGCAGAAAAGCCCCGCUCGACACCAUGGCAUCGAGCUAUGCCCACGCUAUGGAGAGGCAGGCCCUGCUGCCCGCCCGCCUCGACGGCCCCGCUGGCCUGGACAAUUUACAAGCCAAGAAGAACUUCUCCGUGAGUCACCUGCUGGACCUCGAGGAGGCGGGAGACAUGGUGGCCGCUCAGGCGGACGAAGGCGGCGGAGAGCCCGGCCGGAGCUUGUUGGAGUCCCCCGGACUGACCAGCGGCAGCGACACUCCGCAGCAGGACAAUGAUCAGCUGAACUCGGAGGAAAAGAAGAAAAGAAAGCAGAGAAGGAACAGGACUACCUUCAACAGCAGCCAGCUCCAGGCAUUAGAGAGGGUCUUUGAGAGGACACACUACCCCGAUGCCUUUGUACGGGAAGACCUUGCACGCAGAGUCAACCUCACUGAAGCCAGAGUUCAGGUGUGGUUCCAGAACCGGAGAGCCAAGUUUCGCAGGAAUGAGAGGGCGAUGCUGGCCAGCAAGAAUGCUUCUCUGCUCAAAUCCUACUCAGGGGACGUGACGGCCGUGGAGCAGCCCAUAGUACCUCGCCCAGCGCCGAGACCCACCGACUAUCUCUCCUGGGGUACCGCCUCGCCUUACAGUGCCAUGGCCACCUACUCAGCCACGUGUACCAAUGCCAGCCCAGCACAGGGCAUGAAUAUGGCCAACAGUAUUGCCAACCUGAGACUGAAGGCAAAGGAAUAUAGUUUACAGAGGAAUCAAGUGCCCACAGUCAAUUAACGACUGGAGGCAGCUGCCUUGCGGAAGGAAGGAGAAAAUACAAGAGCACCCAUCCUGCUUUGCAACUUGUUGUGCUGAAAGAAAAAACAAAUAAAAAAACCAAAAAAACCCCAAACACCACAAAAAAAAAGAAGAAAAACAAAAAAAAAAAAAGAAGAAAAAAAGCUGACCCUAACCCAGAACUGAACACGGGGACCAAACUGGGAAGAAACCGACCCGCUCGUGAGUGACCAGGUUCCUCCUUCCUUUUGGGAUAAUGCCACCAUUUUUUUUUGUGUUAUUGUCAGGUUUAUUGCUUCUGCUCAAUAUACUACGAGCUGCUUCAGUAAAGGACAGGCUCACCCUUGUUGGUUUCCAUUUUUGUGUGGGACUGCAAGAAGAAACCUCUGCCAAUCUCGGCCCGUGGACGUGUCCCAGCUGCCAUCACGCUGAGAUGCAAAGCUUGCUCCUCCUCUGCCCCCUGCCCCAGCUCACCCUAGAAGAAGUUGUUUGGCCACCGCUUUCUGUUGUACCCACUUGACCCUCCAUCCCUCCCAUCCCUGUGCCCCAGAGGCAGCGCCGGUACCGUGAAGUCUGCGAGAAGCCCGUGAGUCCAACGAGAUGGAGUCGUCCCGCCCAGGUUGCCUGGACCGGUCUUGAGGAAGAUCUCCUCAGGCCUCACAGUGCUUUGUUUGUUUCCUUGAGUGUUCCCAGCACCGCUGCCUCGAAAAGCCAAAGAAGAUAGAAAAGCCAAGGGGCAUAGUGGGGGGAUCGCUCUGUAGUGCCAAGAAUAGGACUAUUAGGACACUCCUUUCUAUGCCUUAACAGUUUGUGCCACGGGGAAAGGCGUUGUCCAGAUGCAUUUGUUUUAUAUAUACUGUAUAUAUUUAUAUAUAUAAGAUAUACAUGCAAGCUUGGUUGGUGUUUUUUAUUAAACAAAAUAAAAUCCAUUGAAAAUGUU